CUUAAAAGAUGUAGCUCGGGAUGGGAAGUUCUUUUAAUGACAAAGCAAAUGAAGUUUCAUUAUGUCGAGGAACUUUGAGGAAGUCACAGAAUCCACGAUUUAAAAAUAUAUUUCCUAUUAUACACCCAUACACACACACACACCUACUUUCUAGAAUAAAAACCAAAGCCAUAUGGGUCUGCUGCUGACUUUUUAUAUGUUGUAGAGUUAUAUCAAGUUAUGUCAAGAUGUUCAGUCACCUUGAAGAGGCUUUUAUCAGAAAGGGGGAAACCUUUCUGAUAAAGGUUAAGGGGUAACCUUAAGCUCUUACCCCUCUGAAGGUAAAAUCAAGCUUUAUUCCUAGGACACCAACACUGGCUACCUAAACUGAAAGCUUCCACCGAUUUCACCGAAGGUCAGGAAAGUCCAACGCCCGGCAAACUGGAUUUGCUGCCUUGGGCAGAGGUGGGCGGGACCCCGCCUCCGGGCCAGGCGCAACGUUGAGCAGCUGGCGCGUUCCGCGCAGCCACAGUCCUGCGCAGCUUCCCGAGGCUCCGCACCAGCCGCGCUUGGCUCCGCACCAGCAGCGCUUCUCUCCGCCUGCAGGGCAUUCCAGAAAGAUGAGGAUAUUUGCUGUCUUUAUAUUCACGACCUACUGGCAUUUGCUGAAUGCAUUUACUGUCACGGUUCCCAAGGACCUAUAUGUGGUAGAGUAUGGCAGCAAUAUGACAAUUGAAUGCAAAUUCCCAGUAGAAAAACAAUUAGACCUGGCUGCACUAAUUGUCUAUUGGGAAAUGGAGGAUAAGAACAUUAUUCAAUUUGUGCACGGAGAGGAAGACCUGAAGGUUCAGCAUAGUAGCUACAGACAGAGGGCCCGGCUGUUGAAGGACCAGCUCUCCCUGGGAAAUGCUGCACUUCAGAUCACAGAUGUGAAAUUGCAGGAUGCAGGGGUUUACCGCUGCAUGAUCAGCUAUGGUGGUGCCGACUACAAGCGAAUUACUGUGAAAGUCAAUGCCCCAUACAACAAAAUCAACCAAAGAAUUUUGGUUGUGGAUCCAGUCACCUCUGAACAUGAACUGACAUGUCAGGCUGAGGGCUACCCCAAGGCCGAAGUCAUCUGGACAAGCAGUGACCAUCAAGUCCUGAGUGGUAAGACCACCACCACCAAUUCCAAGAGAGAGGAGAAGCUUUUCAAUGUGACCAGCACACUGAGAAUCAACACAACAACUAAUGAGAUUUUCUACUGCACUUUUAGGAGAUUAGAUCCUGAGGAAAACCAUACAGCUGAAUUGGUCAUCCCAGAACUACCUCUGGCACAUCCUCCAAAUGAAAGGACUCACUUGGUAAUUCUGGGAGCCAUCUUAUUAUUCCUUGGUGUAGCACUGACAUUCAUCUUCUGUUUAAGAAAAGGUAGUAUUUCCUUAAUUGCAGUGGUCUCCACUGGGGGUGAGGAAGGGGUGAGAAUUGGAUCAUGUUAGGGGUGAGGGGCAGGAGAAUGGGUAUGGAUGGAGGUAGAAGAUGCAGUGUCAUAUAGUUUUUUUCUAUCAUGAAAAUAACCACAGACUUACAGAAGAGAAAGAGCUAAAAUGCCCGUCAUUUUCAGUUGCGUUUUGGUCUUGCAUUAGUUGCAACCAGCUGGUUUCUGGGUACCCUAAGUAAUAAAACUAGUUCCUCUGUAGAACUGUAGUAUUUUUACCAUAGAGUAUUUUGCAAAAUUUUUGGUAGAGGAUGUUACAUAAUUUGCAUGUGUUCAUUUCUCCAUUUACCUCUGGGAACAAUUAAAAUCCAGGAAAAUGAGUAUAUGCAAAUAAUUUCCUCCCAUUUAAGAUGAUUCGGAGUAAAUAAUUCCUCCAAUACUUAGAGAAGUAUACCAAGAGAUCCAGUGAUGGUAUAGAGUUGUCUGAUGUUAAAUAGGGAAGUAGAAUAUGGAAGGGGAUUCCAAUAGUCGCUGAAAAAUUCCCCAUAACCCCUUACAUGGGGGAAAGUAGUGUUAACUGAGAGAGUAGAGAUAAGCUGUUUCCAAAAAUUAUAUUCUUAACAGGACUGAGAUAGCCAGAAUAUAAGGAUCAAGUUUCAAUGACAGUAAGAUCCUGAGAUGGAGUUGAUUUGCACAAAGAAAUAAUUGUUCCCAGCUUACAUUUUGAAUAUUUCUCUGGAAAAAAAGAUUAGUUGGCAGUAGAAAUGGAUAGAAAUCAAUAGAUAUUAAAAUACCUCAGAAUUUGGUUCAUCUCUGGGAAAAGAUGAAAAAUAAAAGUGUAUACUCCUCAAGAAAGUCUAGGAUCAAAAGCAUGUGCCCUAUACUAUUGAAUUAAUUAACCUCAUAAGUUGGGACCUGUGGAAUAAGGAUGUCCACCAGACUUCCUAGGGAUUACAAAUGUUUCACAGAACUUGAAAUUUAAACUUGGGUCACUGUAUGGGAUGUAGAGCUGUGCUAUAUGGAAAUAAAAAUGAUUUAUUUUUCUCAAGGGAGAAUGAUGGAUGUGAAAAAAUGUGGCAUCCAAGAUACAAACUCAAAGAAGCAAAGUGGUAUGAAUAUCAGAAGGAACUGGGAAGUAAAAGUCAAAGGAAACAAAAAGCUAAAGCAAUAACAAAGAGAAAUCCAUCAGUCAUAAUCUCCUCUCCUUUUAAAGAAUGCUGGUUCCCCUUUGCUUCACAGCUAAUACAAGAACUCCUCCGCCGUCUGAGGAGGUUUAGGAGCAGGGAAGGGGAAGGAGUCAGCUUCUCUUUGCUAAUCUUCUGUUGCCCUGCACCCUAGCAGCUCCUUGCAGCAGGGGACAAGGGUGACUUAGGUGGAUGGAUAAUUAAUUGAUUCUAAAAUAUUGUGUGUCAGUAUUGUAAUACUAUGUUAAUUGCACCAUGCACGGUAUCUCAUUUAAUCCCCCACCCCUUGCCAUUACCAAAAAGAGAGAAAGAGAGAAAUACUAGAAUUUAUCCUCAUUUUACAGUAGAGAAAACAGAGGGUCAAGAAGAUAAUGUAAAGUGCCCAAGAACACACAGCUGAUCACAAAAAUCAAGCUUGGGGGCCAUUAGCCUAACCACAGACCCUUACUCUUAACCCAUCUGCUUCAAUCCAUUUUGCUACAAAUGUUUACAUUUAUAAGCAGGGCAGAAAAGCCUCAUCCAGUUUAUUGAACUAAGAAGAAAGUUAUAUUAAGGUUUCUAAUUUUUUUAAUGUAGUUAGAAACCAAACUUAACAAUGAGCCCAAGUUUAAAGCAGUCUAAUUAACCUGGAGAAGCUCAGGCAAGUUUCAUUCUGUGGCCCAUAGCAUCAUCUGUGUUGUAAAGCUAAGUAGCAAAUGUUGUUUGGGUCAUCCUGGGGGACAAGCCAUCCCAAUUUGCUCAGGACUGAGGGGUUUUCCAGGAUAUCAUGUAAGGAUAAUUGGGUACAAAUAUAACCUGCUGCUUUCUCUCAUUUCAAAUUUAUCAUUUAUCAUAUCAGCAACUAUGAGUUAUGUUUUUUAAUUAGAUUUCUUGUUACUUUUUCCCCAGACCACUUCCCAUGAAAUUAAUAUACUAUUAUCACUCUCCAGAUACACAUUUGGAGGAGACGUAAUCCAGCAUUGGAACUUCUGAUCUUCAAGCAGGGAUUCUCAACCUGUGGUUUAGGGGUUCAUCAGGGCUGAGCAUGACAAGAGGAAGGAAUGGGCCCGUGGGAUGCAGGCAAUGUAGGACUUAAAAGGCACAAGCACUGAAAAUGGAACCUGGCGAAAGCAGAGGAGGAGAAUGAAGAAAGAUGGAGUCAAACAGGGAGCCUGGAGGGAGACCUUGAUACUUUCAAAUGCCUGAGGGACUCAUCGACGCACGUGACAGGGAGAAAGGAUACUUCUGAACAAGGAGCCUCCAAGCAAAUCAUCCAUUGCUCAUCCUAGGAAGACGGGUUGAGAAUCCCUAAUUUGAGGGUCAGUUCCUGCAGAAGUGCCCUUUGCCUCCACUCAAUGCCUCAAUUUGUUUUCUGCAUGACUGAGAGUCUCAGUGUUGGAACGGGACAGUAUUUAUGUAUGAGUUUUUCCUAUUUAUUUUGAGUCUGUGAGGUCUUCUUGUCAUGUGAGUGUGGUUGUGAAUGAUUUCUUUUGAAGACAUAUUGCAGUAGAUGUUACAGUUUUGUCGCCAAACUAAACUUGCUGCUUAAUGAUUUGCUCACAUCUAGUAAAACAUGGAGUAUUUGUAAGGUGCUUGGUCUCCUCUGUAACUACAAGCACACAUUGGAAGCAUAAAGAUCAAACCGUUGGUUGUAUAGGAUGUCACUUUUAUUUAACCCAUUAAUACUCUGGUUGACCUAAUCUUAUUCUCAGACCUCAAGUGUCUGUGCAGUAUCUGUUCCAUUUAAAUAUCAGCUUUGCAAUUAUGUGGUAGCCUACACACAUAAUCUCAUUUCAUCGCUGUAACCACCCUGUUGUGAUAACCACUAUUAUUUUACCCAUUGUACAGCUGACGAAGCAAACAGAUUAAGUAACUUGCCCAAACCAGUAAAUAGCAGACCUCAGACUGCCACCCACUGUCCUUUUAUAAUACAAUUUACAGCUAUAUUUUACUUUAAGCAAUUCAUUUAUUCAAAAACCAUUUAUUAAGUGCCCUUGCAAUAUCAAUCACUGUGCCAGGCACUGAAUCUACAGAUGUGAGCAAGACAAAGUACCUGUCCUCAAGGAGCUCAUAGUAUAAUGAGGAGAUUAACAAGAAAAUGUAUUAUUACAAUUUAGUCCAGUGUCAUAGCAUAAGGAUGAUGUGAGGAGAAAACCCGAGCAGUGCUGCCAAGAAGAGGAAAUAGGCCAAUGUGGUCUGGGACAGUUGUAUAUACUUAAACAUCUUAAUAAUCAGAGUAAUUUUCAUUUACAAAGAGAGGUCGGUACUUAAAAUAACCCUGAAAAAUAACACUGGAAUUCCUUUUCUAGCAUUAUAUUUAUUCCUGAUUUGCCUUUGCCAUAUAAUCUAAUGCUUGUUUAUAUAGUGUCUGGUAUUGUUUAACCGUUCUGUCUUUUCUAUUUAAAUGCCAUUAAAUUUUAAAUUCAUACCUUUCCAUGAUUCAAAAUUCAAAAGAUCCCAUGGGAGAUGGUUGGAAAAUCUCCACUUCAUCCUCCAAGCCAUUCAAGUUUCCUUUCCAGAAGCAACUGCUACUGCCUUUUAUUCGUAUGUUCUUCUAAAGAUAGUCUACAUUUGGAAAUGUAUGUUAAAAGCACGUAUUUUUAAAACUUUUUUCCUAAACAGUAACACAUUGUAUGUCUGCUGUGUACUUUGCUAUUUUUAUUUAUUUUAGUGUUUCUUAUAUAGCAGAUGGAAUGAAUUUGAAGUUCCCAGGGCUGAGGACCCAUGCCUUCUUUGUUUCUAAGUUAUCUUUCCCAUAGCUUUUCAUUAUCUUUCAUAUGAUUCAGUAUAUGUUAAAUAUGUCCUACAUAUACAUUUAGACAACCACCAUUUGUUAAGUAUUUGCUCUAGGACAGAGUUUGGAUUUGUUUGUUUGCUCAAAAGGAGACCCAUGGGCUCUCCAGGGUGCACUGAGUCAAUCUAGUCCUAAAAAACAAUCUUAUUAUUAACUCUGUAUGACAGAAUCAUAUCUGGAACUUUUGUUUUCUGCUUUCUGUCAAGUAUAAACUUCACUUUGAUGCUGUACUUGCAAAAUCACAUUUUCUUUCUGGAAAUUCCGGCAGUGUACCUUGACUGCUAGCUACCCUGUGCCAGAAAAGCCUCAUUCGUUGUGCUUGAACCCUUGAAUGCCACCAGCUGUCAUCACUACACAGCCCUCCUAAGAGGCUUCCUGGAGGUUUUGAGAUUCAGAUGCCCUGGGAGAUCCCAGAGUUUCCUUUCCCUCUUGGCCAUAUUCUGGUGUCAAUGACAAGGAAUACCUUGGCUUUGCCACAUGUCAAGGCUGAAGAAACAGUGUCCCCAACAGAGCUCCUUGUGUUAUCUGUUUGUACAUAUGCAUUUGUACAGUAAUUUGUGUGACAGUGUUCUUUGUGUGAAUUACAGGCAAGAAUCGUGGCUGAGCAAGGCACAUAGUCUACUCAGUCUAUUCCUAAGUCCUAACUCCUCCCUGUGGUGUUGGAUUUGUAAGGCACUUUAUCCCUUUUGUCUCAUGUUUCAUCGUAAAUGGCAUAGGCAGAGAUGAUACCUAAUUCUGCAUUUGUCACUUUUUGUACCUGCAUUAAUUUAAUAAAAUAUUCUUAUUUAUUUUGUUACUUGGUACAA